UCCAUUCCAAUGGUUUCUCCCCUAUUUUAUAUAUCCCCACCAUAACCUAACCAUUAACAAACUCCUUCUUCUCCUUCUCCUCCUCCUUCUUCUUCUUCUUCUUCUUCCUCAGCUCAAGGAAGAGAGAGAUGGGGAGAGCUCCAUGCUGUGACAAGGCGAUUGUGAAGAAAGGACCGUGGUCGCCCGAAGAAGACUCGAAGCUCAAAGAGUACAUAGAGAAGUAUGGAACCGGUGGUAAUUGGAUUGCGCUCCCUCAGAAAGCCGGUCUGAAGAGAUGUGGGAAGAGUUGCAGGCUCAGAUGGCUCAACUAUCUGAGGCCCAACCUCAAGCAUGGCGAAUUCUCCGAUGAGGAGGACAGAAUCAUCCUCGCCCUCUUCGCUAGCAUUGGUAGCAGGUGGUCUAUAAUCGCAGCCCAGCUCCCGGGCAGGACCGACAACGACAUCAAGAACUACUGGAACACGAAGCUGAAGAAGAAGCUGAUGGGCAUGAUGAUACCGAACCCUAAUCACAGGAUCAUCAAACCCUCGCCAUCAUCACAGACGUUCCCGGUCGCCGUGAAUCUUAACUAUCACCAGAACUCUCCGUUAUUUUUCCCGUCUCAACCGCUAUCAUCCUCGCUCCUGUACAGAGACAACAUAUACUACCCAUCAUCUAAUUACACUCCCAAUGUUGCCCCAAUCACAACAAAGUCUUCAUUAUUCACCAGCCUCGACUUCUCAUCCUCACCGGUUCCAACACCGACUUUAUUAACAGAUAAUAGUAGUUACCGGGCAGACCCUUCCUCGAUGUUCCAAACCCAUGAGGGCAAUGUGGCAAAUCCUUUACACAUGCAGCAGUAUGAUAAUGACUCCAGUCAAAUGAUAAUCAAGAAAGAAAGAACUGAUCAUCAGCUUCAGAGCUUUCUCUCGAGCGGAUCCGAAGAGAGUUAUCCUCAGAUUAAUCAGUGGGAAGACAAGAGGAAUGAUGGGUAUUAUGGGGAAAGCAACAAUGUUGGUUCUUCUGCCAUAGAUUAUGAUCUGGAGGAAGUGAAGAGGCUGAUUGGAAGCAGCAACAGUGGGUGUGGCAAUAGCAAUUUCCUGAGUUCCCUGUUCUGAUAAAAAAAAAAUGAUAUAUAUAAUGUGUUCCCUCUCUUACUUUUGUACUGAUUGCUUCUUCUGACUUGCUCUUAUCUGACUGAAGUGUUUGAAAAUCAGAAAGAUAGAUUUGAUGUGGUAAGGUGAAGGUGAUGAAUAUCAUGAGAUGGAGGGAGAAGACUACUAUCAGUUCAUGGGAAUUUGUGUAAUUUAAUAUUAUUUUUAUGAUUAAAAUGGGACAUUAAAUUGGUUUUGUGCCUAUCUUUUGACAUUACAUUGUAAAACAGA